CUGCAGAUGCGGACAGUAACCAACCUCUCAGAAACAUGAACCCCGACUGGAGUGAACAAGACUGCCGCAGGAACGGGAACCGGGGACUAUUCACCAGGGUGCAAGAUCCUGGAGAGAGACGUGCUUUCAGUGAAGCGCAGGAGGGGCCAGUGAUAGAAGCUGUUUACACACAAGAGGAAAUCUGUGAUCAGGAGUGGUGUGGAAGAAUAAUGGAGAAUACAGAGCUGGCAAUUUGUGACAGUAAAGAGAGCCCUGAACUUGAAGCUGUCCGCAUUAAAGAGGAGGCUGUGGAACUGGAGUGUGUGCACAUCACAGAGGAAGUUUCUAAAGGGAACACGCUGGAGGAGAACAUCGUUAAGCUGGAAUCCAGCCACUGCGAGGAUUGUCCUCCUGAACUGGUCUGCGUGAAACCCAGUCAGCGUGUCUCUGAAGACACUUGUUCUAGUGUUGGAGAAGAGGACACUGGGCUGGGGUCCAUUCAGGGGACACCGUGCUGGGGAGCAGCGCCGUCCACUAGCAGCACAGCAUCAGAUCCAGGAAGACGCAACUCCGCUCCAGCACCCCAGAGCAAGAUCUCUACUGACGGCGGGCAGCAGCGUAAGCAGAAACGCAGAGAGACGACGCCCCAAGAAGAACACGUGAAGAAACAGAGAACUCGCUCAGUUCUUUCUGCGCAAGAUAGCCGACCGCUUGCUCUGGGAUAUACAGCGUCUCCACAUCCCAGCAACUCUGCAACCCAGGGCAGCUUCAGUUCCCUGCAAACCCCCCAGCAGAUUCCUUCAGAGCAGGUCUUGUAUCACUGUACUGAGUGUGGCAGCAGUUUCACUGACCUGGGAAGCCUUCAAACGCACCAGCGUGUUCACGCAGGAGAGAAACCGUACGAGUGUCCGGACUGUGGGAAGAGAUUCAGAGGUGCAACAGGGCUAAAAUUACACAAGCGUAUUCACACGGGGGAGAAGCCGUUCGUGUGCCCCGACUGCGGGCGGGGUUUUACUCAGAAAGGAAACCUGCAGACCCACCAGCUAACUCACAGCGCCGAUAAACCGUUUCACUGCUCCGACUGCGGGAAGAGCUUCACGGAGAAACGCAGGCUUCAAACGCACCAGCAGCUUCACACUGGAGAGAAGCCCUACCUGUGCCCGGUCUGUGGGAAGAGUUUCAGCCGCAGAGACAGCCUUCGAGCACACCACGUGAUCCACACGGGAGAGAAGCCCUUUGAGUGCGGCGAGUGCGGGAAGAGAUUUAGCAAGAAAGGCGAACUCCAGUCGCACCGGCUGACCCACGUCGCUGAUAAACCUUUCCACUGCGCGGACUGCGGGCGGAGUUUCACUCAGAAGUGUAGACUGCAAGCGCACCAGCGUAUCCACACUGGAGAGAAGCCGUAUCGGUGCAGCGUGUGCGGGAAGGGCUUCAGUCGGAGAGACAACCUGGGAAUACACCACAAAAUAAUCCACACAAGAGAAACCCCCUGAGCGGGGGGGGGGAGAGGUGUGUCGGUCGAGUCGGGCCAGCGAUCGGGGGGGCGGUGUAGUCGGAUCGAACCGGAAAGCCAGAAGGGACCCCCGCUCGUCCCCUCGGUCUCAAACUGUUCAAAAAAAAAAUAAUUCAGAGAAGAAUGCAAAGUCAGGACAUCCCAAGCCUGCAACGAACCCAAAAGGAUCUCGGCUCUGUGAACUACAGCAGCGCUGCUCAAACUGGGGAGGUGUGAGAAGGUUCAGGAAUGUAGAGAAAUUACCCAUCCCAUUAAGGCCUAACCUAGUUAUAUAUAUAUAUCUAUAUAUCUAUAUAUAUAUACACACACAGCGGCUCUCAAAAGCACCCCCCCCCCCC